AGAGCGAGCAAAGCGUAUUUUGCUAUGAAACAAGGGGACCAACGUUAAAAAUAAAUCUUAUGUGUCACCUGACGAUUAGUUCAUAAUCCAUUCAACAAGAAAGUCUUGGUUAGGCACAAUUAAGAAAAGAGAGACUGGCGACCCCACAUCAUCUUCAUUAACGUUAUACUUCACUAUUGCCCACAUUAUUAGUAUUUGCAUCAUUAUCAUAUUAAUUACGAUUAUCAUACUGGCCUCUUUAUGAUAAUAUUGAUCAGUUAGAUAAUGCUUUGUUUACAUUUGUCACGUGGUUCAUCAGCUGAUUUUUGUUUACAUGUCGACCCGCAGAUCGUUACGCUUACGCUGAAGAAUGGAGUUUGCAGGCCUGGAUGACGACCUAUUUGAGGUGGAGCGUGAGCGAGCCAAGGCAGAUGAGAAGUAUUCUGCUCGCUUUUGUGAUGAUUGUUGGUUCAUGGAUGUGGGACCAGAGGAACUUGUGUCGCAGGAGGAUACCUGGAGUGUACAGAAAUAUAUUGCUGAAUAUCUGUUUUUAAGAAAAGAUUAUGAUUCUGCUAUUCUGAAGUAUAAUGAAAUUUUAUCUGACAUGCCUGCUAGUAAUAUAGCUACUAAAAGAGAAUGUUGCGAAGGCAUUGCCAGAAGCCAUUUAAAAAAAGGAACACCCAAGGAUGCUAUUGAAUAUGCAGAAAAAUUACAUACAACAUCAAAAACAGUGGAACAAGCAACUGUAAGUUGUUCUCUGUUAGUGGAUGUAAAUCUAGCAGCAGGAGAAUACAAAGAUGCUCUUUCAGCAGCACAAACACUAGUAACUCUUCACUCAUUUAACAGUGAUGCCUGGUUGAAGCUAGCUUGUGUAUAUGCAGCUCUCUACAAUGUUGCCAUUCCAAAUGUACAAGAUCUCAUGAAACUUUCUGCUUCAGGCAAGGUUAAGGUUCAAAAUACGGACAGCGAUUUAGAAACUUGUGAUAAUUCAGAUGAGGAAAUUCUGAUGCUGGGGGAGACAUUGUUGAGUUUGACCAAUGAAGCUGAUCAAGAUAUUUCUACAAUGGGGGACAUUGAUGUGGCAGUGCAAUUAGUUGCAGCCUCUCUCCUGAGGUCCUUUGUUCUUCUGAAGAAAACAGUAGGAACAGCUGUUGGAUUUGCUGCUGGAUUUAGUGUGUUGUAUCAGAAGAAAAUUCUCAAGGACUUGAACAUGUUGAUGCAUGCAGAUGCACUGCAACAUUUGCGACAACAAGUUUUGAAAAGUGGAGACAUAAUGGAGAAAAUGAGCAUUCCGUCACAGGAAGUGGCAGACUUUGUGGACAGAGGGAGUUCCAGAUUCAAGUCAGAAGAGGAUGAGAGUUGCUUUGAGGGAAUAUCACAGCAGAACUUUGAAAGUCGAUGGUUCAGUUGGAUUUGCUAAAAGAAACAAAACAAAACAUCAGCCUCACUGUGACACAAGAAAGAAAGAUUUAAUGCAGUAAUUUGAUUGAACAUUAAAAUUAAAGUAUGACAUUUUA